UAUAAAUCUGUGGUCCUAUUCUAUUCUGCCCUAGUGAUACCAGUCACCAGAGUAAUAUUAUUAUUUAUUACUCUAUGCCACGGAUUCAUGCUCUAUGCGUGAAGACAAAUAUCAACAUUUUCUUAUCAGUUUAUCAGGUAGCCGCGCUUCGUUACAAAAUACAAGUUAAAAUAAAUACUAUGUAGUUUUAAAAUACGUUAUAAAUUAAUAAUUAUAUGGAAUUCGUAUCUUACAAUGUAAUUAUAUAGUAUAAUAUGCUACACCACGAUUAAAGAUAUACCUUUAAUAGUGUGCUACACUAAUGGAGCCGUUAAAAUUAAAAUUAUAAACGUAUCUACAAGUUUAAUACCACUGUUAUUAGUAUUAUAAUUUUCUAACUUUUCUUCCACACUAUGAAUAUUGAUAAUUGGAAAAACAGUAUGUUAACUUCUCACAAGACCGAGUCUGAAAAUGCAGACAUUCAAAGUAAACUUAACUCGUGGUUUGAAGAAAAAGGGAUCAUUAAUAAGCUACGAGCACACAUAAGAGAACAGAUGAUCUCUGCUCUAGAAGAUAAUUCUAUGUGGAAUACUAACAAAAGAAAUGUUAACUCUCCAAAGAUUCAGGCAAUUAACCUCUUAGUUGCUGAUUUUCUGAUAAACCAAGAAAAUUUGUUCACAUUAUCUGUAUUCACUACGGAAGUACCAUUACUUGGGAAUUUACAUGAAUUCUCUUCUUAUGUAAAUCGUUUAGGCGAUAACACUCAAAAAAUUCCAAUCACCAAACCUAGUUUCAAAUUAAAUGAUGUUCAGGAUAUCCUAGAGGCAUUAGGCAUCCAACCAAAUUCAGAUAUCACCGAAUUGACGUGCCAAUACUAUUUUAAUGAAAAACAGGUCCAUUCAUUAUUGGCUUGCUUAUUCAAAUCUAUAACUAUUUUAAGAAAUAAUCUUAGUAAAUGUAACGAAGUUCAUAUCAAUCAAAAUUGUAAAGAAAUAAACAAAUUGAAUAACAUAGAGAAUAAUACUUAUGAACAUAAAUUAAACAAUUGGCUUGUAAGUAUCGAGGACAUUCUGUGCUCAUUCAAUUUGAACAAAGAACAGAAAAAUACUUUGAAAAUGUUAUUAAAAAAGUACCAUCAAAAUAGUGCUCAAGAAACUGCUGUUUAUAAAGAACACUUAAAAAAACUAGAAAGACAAAACAAGGAAAUGGUUGAGAAAGUUGCCGAUAUAGAACAAAUACUCGCUGCACAUUUUCAUUCUCAUGACAGUAAAUUAAUGUUUCAAAAAGAAGAAAUAGACUAUGCCACACAACAGCUUCGCUUAGAACAACAACAGCUUUAUCAAUUAAUUAAUGUAUUUGAAGAGAAAGAAAAGUCUAUGCAAGAAAAAUUAGAGAAGUCAGAAGAAGAAUAUAAGAAAAAUCUACAACAUAUUGAAAAUCAAAAAUAUGAAUUAAGAUUAAAAGAAAUGGACAUCUUAAGGCAUGAAAAAAUGUUAAAAGGAGAAUCACCAAAUUACAAAAAUGAAACCAAAAUCAGUGAACGCAAUCAAGUUCAACUGUUGCAAGAACAAAACAUUGAUUUGGCAAAACAAUUAGUGGAAAUAAAAUCUCAACUUGACAAGCUUGAGAGAUAUAAAAAUGCUGAACAGACAUAUUCAAAAAAAUAUGAUAAUCUUCAAAAAAUUAACUCUUCGUCAGAUCAAGAAAUGGUAAAAAACUUACAAAAAGAUAAUGAUGAGUUACGUGAAUUUAUUAAAGUUCAGCGACAAAGAAUUGAAGAAUUAUCAUACAGAGUAUCAAAUUUAGCUAAACAAAUUGAAAAAACUCAUAAAGUGCCAUUGACUAAAACAGAUUAUGAUAAUAGAAAUGUAAGAAAAAAACUAUGCUUUGUUGACAAUUCCAGUAGAAAACAUCAUUAUAUCACUCAAAACAUUUCUUCGACAACUACAGAUUAUUCAACAACUGUGUUAGAAUCAGAUAAUCUAACAGAAGAUGAUAUAAUACAAGAAGCCGAAUCCAAACUGAAAACUUUAGAAAUUAAUUCUGCAAAAGUAACACAAAAUUUGAAAAAUUUUCCAAUAAAUAGUUCACGUCGCAACAUAGAAUUUAAUGUAAUUAAAGACACUCAAAAAUCAUAUAAAGAAAAUCGUUUAAACUUUUCAGAUGACUCAGAUUUAGAUGCAUUGAAAUGCAGCAGUAAUAAAAUUAAUUUAAAAGAGCUUGCCAAUAAAAUUGGCUAUCAUCGAUCAGUCAAGCGAUCUAUGAAUCAUUCACAAUCUGAAAAUGAUACUAGCCCUGAAAUCUCACGAAAUACUAAAUUUCAGGGUCAUAAGAAUUCUACAAAUAUUUUGCCAAUCGAAAUACCCUCAUCCAAUAUUAAAGAAAAAGUGUGUAAAGAAUUAGCUAUAAAUAAACCAAGUUCAAGAACUGAGUCUCCAAUUAAUAAAUCUAAUUAUCGUACUGAAAUGUCUCUAGAUACAUCUAAUAUAUCUAUUCAAUCACCAAAAGAAAAUAAAUUGCAAAUUGAUUCCGAUGUAAAAAACACAUUUUUUCCAACCACUAACAAUGAUAAUUUUGAUUUACAAUUGUUUAAACCCAAAGAAGUAAUAGAUUCACAACAUAAACAAACAUCUAUACUGCAAAAUAGUUCAAAUGGAGUGGAUACUUUGUCAAACAGUAAAAAAUUACAAGAAAGUGAUCACACAAUUUCAUUUGGUAGUAGUAAUAAAACUGAUAAAUCUUCAGACUUUUGGGCAUCAUAGAAAUAUUUUUUUAUUUAUUUUUGACAAGCAUGUUAACAUACGACACAGAUAUCAAAUCUUCAUCUUCAACUCCCAUAUGAGACAUCAGGUCUUUGGCAAUUGAUUGUCCAUCCUCAACUGUUUGGCUAUCAUUCAAAACUACCUAAAUGAACAAUAAUUAAUCAAUAGAUUGAUUUCUGAAUAUCAUAUUCAAUAACUUACUUCUAAUUCUACAAAAUCCCCAAGACCAACAACACUAUCAAAAUGUACUCUUGUUUGGCCAACCAUUAUCAAUUUUCUUUCUUUUUCCACGAUUCCCCACGUACCCAAAGCAUUUGUAAGCACUUUUUCUAAAUCUUCGUUUACUUCACAUUUAUUAUAAGAACUUAACUUUGGUCCAGAGCUUUCUUCUCGGUUAUAAUAAAUUAGUUCUUGAAGUUUACCCUGUGAACAUGACAAAUGCACUAAGUUAUGUAAUAUUUUAUACAAAUACAAUAAUUAUUUUUAUUCAA